GAUGCCAACACCUUCUUAAUGGCUUUCUGACGAUUCAUUUCCCACAGACCUGAACCAUUCGAAGUUCUGUUUGACUGUGGGACCAACUUCAAAGGCGGUGAGCAAGAAUUGAGAGUCAUUUGAAGCCUUGAGUCCUGAAAUAACCAAGCAGCUUGCCAGCCACCAGAUGAUUUUCCUAUUCAACCCACCAAGCGCACCACACUUUGGAGGAGUAUGGGAGCGUGAAGUCAGGUGUGUUGCCAUGGGAGAACAAUUAGUUUCUGAACCAGUCCUGAGAACAGUACUCAUGGAAGUAGAAUGGAUCGUCAACUCCAAACCCCUUGGUUACAUCUCUACAGACGUGCUGGACUGUGAACCAAUAACCCCAAACAUCCUGUUGAUGGGUAGACAUGAUCCUUCACUGCCGCAAGUUGUCUACCCAGCAGACGAAAUACUCAACCGACGGACGCCACAGCCAGCUCCUCGCAGACCACUUGUAGAAGCACUUCAUGAAGUACUAUCUGUCAACUCUUCAGUCACGCCAGAAGCUGCAGAAAGACAGGAAGAAGCUGAGCAACGGCGAGGUCGUAAUGAUCAUUGAACCCCAACUAGUCGGAUCCCUCUGGACUAUCGGACGUGUCACCAAGAUCAACACUGGAGACGACCAGUGCAUGCGGUCAGCUGUUGUCCAGGUUGGAGACCGCCAGUACCUGCAGCUGUUGUCCAGGUUGGAGACCGCCAGUACCUGCAGCUGUUGUCCAGGUUGGAGACCGCCAGUACCUGCAGCUGUUGUCCAGGUUGGAGACCGCCAGUACCUGCAGCUGUUGUCCAGGUUGGAGACCGCCAGUACCUGCAGCUGUUGUCCAGGUUGGAGACCGCCAGUACCUGCAGCUGUUGUCCAGGUUGGAGACCGCCAGUACCUGCAGCUGUUGUCCAGGUUGGAGACCGCCAGUACCUGCAGCUGUUGUCCAGGUUGGAGACCGCCAGUACCUGCAGCUGUUGUCCAGGUUGGAGACCGCCAGUACCUGCAGCUGCUGUCUGAGUUGAUCAGACUGCCUGAGAUGGUGGACUAAACUACUGUCGGAAAUAGAAAAAAAAUGUUGUUGUUUUUUCACAUUUA